AUGCCUCGAUACAAAGAUGAACCUACUGCAAUUCGCGUUUACACAGUCUGCGACGAAUCAAGGUAUUUGAUUGUGAGGAAUGUUCCAGCUUUGGGAUGCAGCGCUGAGCUGUUAAAAUUGUUUGCGUCCUACGGAGAAGUAGAAGAGUGUAAACCAAUGGAUGAAGAAGAUUGUGAGCCAUUCACUGAUGUUUAUUGGAUAAAGUUUUGUCUGGUCAGCAAUGCCAGGUUUGCAAAGAGGAAAUUGGAUGAGUAUGUUUUCCUAGGGAAUCAACUUAAGGUUUCAUAUGCUCCUGAAUUUGAGAGCCUUGCCGAAACAAAGGACAAGCUGGAAGGCAGGACAAGGGAAGUUCUAGGGCGAUUGAACCCUGGAAGAUCUAAGGGGUCUACAGCUAAUAAAUCACCUGCGUUGACUGCCUCUUCUUUUGGUGCAAUUCCUUCUCAUCCUAACUGCAUUCCCCAACUUGUAAACUCUAGUCGGAGGGACUCCGGAGAAUCACAACUUACUUCGCACGUUAACAAUCCUCCUCUUUCAAGGAUUUCCUCUGACAAGGAGUAUUUUGCUUCCCAAUCAAUGAAUCAGACCGUCCAGAUGGUGAGGGAGAAGCUCAAUAAGAUUCAAUCAAGUAGUGAGCACCUGCAAGAUGGGCAUGCAUCCAAGAAACCGCGGGUGGACAAUAGGAGGAGAAUCUGA